GUUGCUGCAGGCUUGGGAAUGCUAGGCGGCAUCUUUUGACGAUCCAGCUCCCUCCACCUCCAACGUCCAAGUCCACCCAGCUUACACAAUACGUCGCGCAUCUUCUCGCCAGCCUCAUACGCGUUAGACUCGAGCGAAUUCCACAUCACUCAGGAUGGAGGGCCUUCUUUUCAACGUCAACAAUGGCUACGUCGAGGGCAUUGUGCGAGGCUAUCGCAACAGCCUGCUCACCGGCUCGGCCUACAACAACUUGACCCAGUGCGAGACCAUUGACGACCUCAAGCUCCAGCUCGGCCCUGCCUAUGGCGACUUCCUCGCAUCCCUCCCUCCCAAUCCAUCUACCUCGAGCCUCGCCGCCAAGACGACUGAGAAGCUCAUCUCCGAGUUCCGAUACGUCCGUGCCAAUGUCGUCGGAUCGUUGGCGACCUUCAUGGACUACGUCACCUACGGCUACAUGAUUGACAAUGUCGCCCUUCUCAUUACUGGCACUCUGCAUGAGCGCGACACUCGCGAGCUCCUUGAGCGAUGCCACCCUCUCGGCUGGUUCGAGACCAUGCCUGUCCUCUGCGUCGCCACCAACAUCGAAGAGCUCUACAACAGCGUCCUGAUUGAGACGCCUUUGGCGCCUUACUUCAAGGGCAGCCUCAGCCACCAGGAUCUCGACGAGCUCAACAUCGAGAUUGUCCGAAACACCCUCUAUAAGAACUACCUGGAGGACUUCUACAACUUCGUCAACACCCACGCUGACAUGGCUGGAACCCCCACCGCCGAGGUCAUGUCUGAGAUCCUCGAGUUCGAGGCUGACCGCCGAGCCAUCAACAUCACCCUCAACUCCUUCGGUACCGACCUGACCAAGGCGGACCGCAGCAAGCUCUACCCCAGUUUUGGCAAGCUGUACCCCGAGGGAACCCUGAUGCUCUCGCGCGCUGAGGACCCCGAGGGUGUCCGUCUGGCCGUCGACGGUGUGCACGACUUCAAGACCUUCUUCGAUGCCGUCUCUGUUGGUGGCGGUCCUUCUGGCCCCGGAAACAUGGGUGGUGGUAACGCUGACGGAAAGACCCUGGAGGACAUGUUCUACCAGAAGGAGAUGGAAAUCUCCAAGGGUGCCUUCACCAGGCAGUUUACCUAUGCCAUCGUGUACGGAUGGGUGAAGCUCAGAGAGCAGGAAAUUCGCAACAUCACCUGGAUCGCUGAGUGCAUAGCUCAGAACCAGAAGGAUCGCAUUGGCAACUACAUCAGCGUCUUCUGAUCUCUCGCAUUCUGCAAUGACACCCCAAACAUGUUUCGAUUUUUAGCUUGAUUUUGUGUAGUAUAGCAACUGAGCUCGUAAUGUCACGGAAAUGGUCCGACAACUGGCGCAAGGGUGGAGACGGGUAGACGCAAGGCGGCUU